AUGGAGCAAGUCCAUCGCAUACUUGCUGAGCUCUCAGGAGCUUCGCGAGACCUAGCCUUGCGCCGCGCCCUAGAGGAGAAAGCACGCGACCAUCUCAUCCGUCUACUUAUGCACGAAGAUUACGACGGCGUUCCUACGUGGUACACUUGCGACGUUACGAUGGUGUUGGGUCUGGAUACCACACUCGACGGGGAGAUCCUUAAGGGCCAAGAUGAGGUCAUUCAGCACUUUACCACCCUCCAGGAGCAAACCGAUAUCGUCGUUGUCCCCGUCCUUGUUGUCGCCGACCGCGGCCGAAUAACCGCAUACACCGAGACGUAUUACAGGUGGCUGGGCAAGGACGACAAGGAAGACGGCGAAAUGUUCGUCGAGGGGCCUGUCGAAGCGCCCUUUGUGGGCUGGCCGGCGGUCGUUUUCGGCGAUGUUCUCAAGGUACGCGAGGUGGUCGUGUUUGACCUCAACGCGGAGAUGAAGGUCAAGCGUGUGGAAUGGCGCCAGUUGGGCAUGGAGCACCUUGGAGAAGCCAGCGUCGACGCUCUUGCAUUGCAAAGUGAGAAGCUCAAGCUUCCUCCUGCCCCCAAGCGCAUCAUGAGCUCAAGAAACCAACAUGACCGCUUUCAAGUCUUCGCGGACGAACUGACCGGCGACUCACGCGACCGCCCCCUGCGAUACGAGAUCGAAAACAAAAUCAGCAUCUUCUUCGACGACAUCAACGAGAAACGCUGGACGAGCGUCAAGAGCUACUUCAACGAUGACGCCCGAGUCAUCUUUGGCUUCAGAAGUCCGAACCAAAUCAUCGACAAAGAUGUUGAUCUCGUGAUCGAGCGGAUCAGGGAGAAGGCCGACGGCAUGCGGCGCGUCACGGUGCCUACGUUGGUGCUCGUGGACCGAGGGCGGGUGACUUGCUUCCUGACCAACUUGUGGAUCGAGAUCGACGAAAGAGAAGACGACGCGACGCUGGAUCUCGUCGAGGCAGACGCGCUGUUUGGAGAAAUGCACGAGGUGGCUAUCAUCGACCUGGACGACGAGUACAAAUUCAAGCGUGUGGAGUUCCGGACUACGACUCGGCAGGAGACAAGACAAAGGGGGACUGUGGAAGAUUUCGAUUACUUGGUGCAGAAAACAAAAAGGAGCGAGUAUUAUGUGGUCGAGUCCGACGAAUAA